UCUCUCCCUCUAUCAAAAUCUGCUUCUUUUUUUUUGAUAAGUCAUCACGGGGGGAGGGGAGGGUCUCCCACCUGGAUUUCAUUCACUGUGGCUCUUAAAGCCUGAUAUGUAAACACAAUUUUGUUUGCUACAAGAUUAGAUUACACAUCUGCUUCUUGCAAAAUUUAAAGCUGGCAUGAGUUCUGCAUACAACAAUUGUGUGGUGGUGUUUUGAUGCCUCUUUGUUUUCUUCUUCGCGAAUUGAAUUCGUGUUUCGAUGUACCUGGAUUCGCGAAUUGAAUUCGUGUUUCGAUGUACCUGGAUUCGCGCUGGUCGCUAAACUGUAUGCAAUGAUCUUUUGAAAAUGAAUGAAAUGAAAGGAAAAAAAAAGGCAUAGUAGUGGAGCAAGAAUAUAUUCUAAGAGUUUCCACACAUGCAUGUUCAUCUGUAGGAAUAAGUCCAUUGUUCUUUAUUUCACAGUCUAGCUAGUUCCUGUUUCUCUUUUUCCUUGGCACGAGAAUAUAUAUAUAUAUUCUUUUGUGGGGGCACUUUUUCUUAAUUCUAAUAUUAUGACAAAAAGAAAAUAAAUAUAAAUUGGAGGCUUAAUUGAUGCGUGUCGAGUUAUUACUUACUAGUAUUUAGUAAGCAGUUUAGAAACGACGACACAUUUGCUGAAGGUAAUUACUACGUGAUAAAGUUACUACGUGAUAAAGUUGGCACGGGAACGCAUUUGCUGAAGGUAAACACAUUUGCUUAAGGUAAUUACUACGUGAUAAAGUUGGCACGGGAACGCAUUUGCUGAAGGUAAACACAUUUGCUGAAGGUAAUUACUACGUGAUAAAGUUACUACGUGAUAAACGAUGGCACGGGAACGCAUUUGCUGAAGAUCUCCAUGCUAAUCGUCGUGGUUGACCUUGAUUGCCGCAAGUGCUACCACAAGAUCCGCAAGAUACUCUGCCAGCUCCAAGACCAUGAGAGGAUCCGGACCAUCUCCUUCGACACCAAGAGCAAGACGAUCACCAUCGUUGGGCCCUUCGACCCGCAGCGGCUCGCCUGCAAGCUCCGCUGCAAGGGCGGCAAGGUUGUCAGGGACGUCCACAUCGUCGACACCACCAACACCGGCGGCGGCGAUGGCAAGCCUCCUCCGGAGAACGGGGCACCACCGGCGCCGGCGCCAGUGAAGAGCGGCAAGAACAAGAAAAAGAAGGCUCCGCCGCCGCCGCCGCCACCGCCGGUCGAGCGGCCUCCGUCGCCUCCCCCGCCGGAGCCAGCAGCCCCAGGACCACCGCCGCCCGAGCAUAUGCCGCCUCCGCCGUCCCCAGUCCACCACCCGCGUUCACCUGACCCGGGGAUGUCCGCGAUGGUGCCCCAGCCGCAGUACGUCGAGGAGAAGCCGCCGAGAGCGGAGCUGGAGCCGCCGAUGUCGCCUCCACCGCAGCAGAUGAAGCCGCCGCCGCCGAUGGACCUGCCGAUGCCCGUGCCGCAGCACCACCACCACCCACCGCCGCCGCCGUGUAUGAAGGAGAGGCCGCCGCCGCCGCCGCUGAUGAUGCCGGCGUGCCCGGCGCGGCCACUGGAGCAGCAGCCGGUGCCGGAGUACGUGAUCCCGACGGUGGAGAUCCCGUCGUGGCCCGCGCCGCCGGUGGGGCCGUGCGGGUGCCCCUGCUGCGCCCCGUGCUACCAGGGCUACUACGACAGCUGCAGGUGCUCCUGCUGCGGCAGGCUGUACGGCACAACCGUCCGGCCAUUGCCGCCGCCGUGUGGCGCGUACAGGGGAUGCCGGACGUUCAGCGACGACGACCCGUCGGCGGCGUGCACCGUCAUGUGAUGUCAUCGGAUCGUAGCAUGCAUGCUGUCGAGUGAUCAGACGAGCUUGGUGGAUUUCGUAGUAUCAACUAUCAUCAGCUGGGAGCUUUUUCGAAAUUUAGCAUAUGCAUUACAUUGGAUUUGAGUGACUUUUAUAAUACAGGUUGGGAAUUUGGGAUGGCACGAAUACACGAUGAGCUGAUUAUGCAUGUCUUGUAGAAAAAAUAAAAGUUGAUUAGGCGUUCAUUCUUCAUUCUCUCGGUCGAUGAUUGUAAAGAAACAGAACAGAGCACAAUGUAUGUUCAUACUGUCCACAUCUCAUUGGCUAGCAAUAGCCAAUUGUUUUUUUUAAUUCACAGUAUUUUGUGGAGUUUUCA